GCUAUCAAGAAAUUAGAAAUGUUACUAGAGAUGUUACAUUUUGUUCAGCCUUUGCUAGAGACAAUAUAAUGAUUAAAUAAGAUCUUUCAUAAGGAACACUGAGGUGGGGUUUAAAUAUUUUUUUCUGCCCCUUCCCAGUCCCAUGGUUAAUUGGACAUGUGAGAAACACAGCAGUCUGAUUUUCUGCCUGAAAUUGGCAAGCUGAAGUCCCACUGGAGUACAACAGGCUGCUAAAUCAAACUUCAGAUUAGAAUUGAGAUGUUGCCCAGCAGUGGAGAUGUGAAGAUUUUGGAUGUGUCCAGGCUGACAGAUGAGGAAGCCAAGCAUGUGUGGCAGGUGAUACAGAGAGACUUAAACCUGCGAAAGAAAGAAGAGGACAGAUUAGGGGAACUGAAGACCAAAAUAAUGAAAGAGGAUACAAAGAGAGAACUUCUGGAAUAUCAGCCUAAACUCAGUGAUUCCCUCUGCAUCCGCUGUCUACAUCCUUUCAAAUUCCUUAUCAAUAGCAAGCGCCUCUGUCUGGACUGCAAGCUCUCUGUCUGCAAGUCCUGCAGCCGAUUUAACAAAAAGGAUUGUGGUUGGGUUUGUGAUGCAUGCCAUAUGGCCAGAAUCCAUAAGAUUGGCACACUGGAGUGGUUUCAUGAGAAUGUGCGCUCUCGCUUCAAACGUUUCGGCAGUGCAAAGGUCAUGAAUUUGCUUCUGAAACGUCUAACAAGUGAUCGUACCUGCUCUCAAACUGACCUAAGAGAGCCUCAAGACGAUGACACGCACAGCAUGCCUGAAGUUCACACUGGUUCUCUGUAUAGCCUGGAUGAUGAACAGUCUAAGAGUGCAGACAGACAUCACUUCAGCCUGACAAGAAAAGCCAGACGGUUGCUUCCUGUUGACCCUCUCGAUUUUAAUCUUGGCGUUGAGAAAUCUGAUUAUUCUCAGCCUGACUUCUUUAUGAAUGCAGGUAGCCAGGAGAAAAUCACUCAAAGUAGGGGCUCAGUAAAUGAAGAGAGCUGCAGCACAACCUUUAGGCAGACCCUGGAGAAUGGAAGUCAUGGCAGAAAUAAUGACAUGCUUCAGAUCAGCCAGAGAAGUCUGGACAGACAUUCUCAUUUUGAUGACUACACACACAACGAUCAGUGGAUGUCACAACCUCGUUCCCUCUCUAAAAUGAGCAUCUCCUCAGCGGGCAGCACUAACUAUUACCUUCACCGUGAGUUUUCUUACAGUCCGGAUGACUCAGAUGAGGACUCCGUCAUAUGCAGUCCUGCCCUUCAAAGGGAGCCUUUACCAGAUGAUGUUCCUCAGAUUAUUGAUCUCACAAAGCGUAUAUCAGCAAUCGAGACUUUUCUCAGCCGUCUGGAGCAGAAUAUGUUGUCAUCUGUGAGUGAGGGAACAACAAAACAGGUUGAACAACAUGAAGAGGAUCUAUCUGACCUAGAGGAGCUUGAGCUCAGGAAAAAACUUGAUGAACUUGCUGACAAAAUAAGUGACGAAGGUGUUUCUUCUGAUGAAGACGAUGCUAUAAAAUCAGAAAAUUCUUCAAAGAAAGGAGCUGUUUACUCUUCUUCAAUCGCAUAUGGAUCUUCAACUGAACUUAGGCCUGUAAGACACAACUGGCCUGUUGAAACAGAAGAGUGGAAAGUAAAGCCGGAUGUGGAUAAAUCUUUUAAAAAGCAGAGGAGGCCGAGUCCCUUUGAUGUCUGUAAUACAUCCAGCUGUGAGCUGUCACAACUGGAGAGUAAAGUAGCAAUGGCGGCAGCCAGUGUCCAGAGCACUCAAUGCGGGGUUACAGACAUUCAGAAAAGAAUGGCAGCUUUGAGCGCUGCAAGGAUGACAGAGGUGACCUCCCGCAGACGAGCAAGUCUUCAGCCAUCAAAGGUUUUGCAUGAAUUUCCAAGGAGAGCCAGCAAUGAAACAAGAUCCUUCCGGAAGCUGAGCAUCAUGUGAAGCAAGCAUAUACGCUCUUUCAAGUAUUUUUAGUGGGCCAUGAUAGAAGAAAGCCACAAUAAUACAUGAAUAUAUAUUUACACACGGCAUACUGUAUCUCACAAUUUUUUUGUAUGAAGCUUCCAGCGUGCAAAAAUAUUACAAAGCAUAUAUUUUUAAUGUAAGUAAUUUAUGUAAAAAAAACACAUGCUCUUUAAUUUCUAAAAAUAAAAAACACUUUGUUUUUAUACUAAUGAUAGUCAUGGCUAUAAACCUGUAUUCAUGGCAUCUACUUUGUAUUUAUAUAAAGUAAUGUUUUAUGCAUUUGUCCCUGUCAAAUAAACUUAAAAUAAAUAAACUACUGUUGUUAACAAUGUUGUGAAAGUUUAUAAUUUAAUCCUUUAGACAUUCACUAUGGGGCAGUUUCCCGGACAGGGAUUAAACUAGUCCUAGACUAAAAUAAAUGUAAGGGCUGUCCAAACUGAAAACAACUUGUACUGACAUAUCUUAAAAUACAUCAGUGCCAUUUGUUUUGCCUCAAAAUGCACACAAGUAAUGUUUUUAUUAAGAUAUGUUUGUUAAAAAUAGUUAUAUUUUCUAUUUAAACUAAGGCCUAGUCCUGGCUUAAGCUAAUCCCUGUCCGGGAAACCACCCCUAUGUGAUUAAUAUAUCUUACUUAAUGUUCUAUGUUUACUAUUUAUUAAUCUAAAUGUCAUUAUAUUAUUUCUAGUGAACCAUGU